GAGCGAGACCCUCCCUCAGCUCGGCCGGAGCCCGGGCCCGCCGUGCUCCCCCGCGGGGCCGCUCUCACCAGCCCCGCGGCUCUGAGAGGCGCCUCCGGCCUAGCUCCGCGCCCCGGCCCCUUUCCCCGCGCGCUCUGCCGCUCGGCCCGGGGGCGGGGCGGGCUCGCCGCAGCUCGGCCCGCGCUCCCGCGGCCUGCUGAGGAGACGGGUGAGAGACCGGAAGCGGCUGGCGUUGCGGCUCGCGGACGCCGGAGCUGAGCUCCCUCCAUGGCCCCGGGGAGGGGGGAGCCCGCCGGGCCCCGCGGGAGGCGGUCGCGCUACAGGGCCCGGUGACCCUCGUCAGCCCGUUUGGCGUGUGGGCGCCGGGUGACCGCAGCCUCCACCCCACGCCGGCCCGGGGCUCGUCAUGGGCUCCCUGUUCCGCAGCGAGAGUAUGUGCCUGGCCCAGCUCUUCCUGCAGGCGGGCUCGGCCUAUGAGUGCCUCAGCGAGCUGGGCGAGAGGGGCCUGGCCGAGUUCAGAGACCUCAACCCCAGUGUAAGUGUAUUUCAGAGAAAAUUUGUGGGUGAAGUGAAGAAGUGUGAAGAAAUGGAAAGGAUACUUGGAUUUCUAGUGCAAGAAAUUAAGAAAGCUGAUAUUCCUCUUCCUGAAGGAGAUGCUUCUCCUGCUGCACCUCAUCUUAAACACAUGUUAGAAAUCCAGGAACAGUUGCAGAAGCUGGAGACAGAAUUGAGGGAGGUGACUAAAAACAAAGAAAAGUUGAAGAAAAACAUGCUUGAGUUGACAGAGUAUACAUACAUGUUGCGGGUCACACAAGCCUUUGUCAAAAGACCCCUUGAGUAUGAAUCCUGUUUACAUGCCAGUUAUGAGGAAUUCCCGUCUUUAGAAAACGAUCCUUUGGUGGACUACACUUGUAUGCAUAGGCUGGGUGCCAAGCUGGGAUUUAUAUCUGGUUUAGUUCACCAAGCAAAAAUUGAAGCAUUUGAAAAAAUGCUAUGGAGAGUCUGCAAAGGAUAUACCAUUCUUACUUAUGCAGAGCUGGAUGAAUGUCUGGAAGAUCCAGAUACAGGUGAAAUCAGAAAAUGGUUUGUGUUUUUAAUAUCCUUUUGGGGUGAACAGAUUGGCCAGAAGGUUAAGAAGAUAUGUGACUGCUAUCAUUGUCAUGUAUACCCCUAUCCCAAUACCACUGAGGAGCGCAGAGAUGUUAUUGAAGGACUAAACAUUCGCAUUCAGGAUCUUCAUGUUGUGCUGCAUAAAACUGAGGAUUACUUACGACAAGUAUUAUGUAAAGCAUCAGAAUCCAUCUAUACCUGGGUUAUCCAAGUGAAGAAGAUGAAAGCCAUUCACCAUGUAUUAAACCAAUGCAGUUUUGAUGUCACAAAUAAAUGUUUAAUUGCUGAGGUUUGGUGCCCAGUAGCUGAUCUGCCAAACUUGCGUCGAGCACUCGAGGAAGGAUCAAGAAGGAGUGGAGCUGCGAUCUCUUCAUUCAUGAAUACCAUACCAACAACAGAAACGCCUCCAACUUUAAUACGUACCAAUAAAUUCACUUCAGGGUUCCAAAACAUUGUUGAUGCUUAUGGAGUUGGGAACUACAGAGAAGUUAAUCCAGCUCUCUACACCAUCAUCACCUUUCCCUUCUUAUUUGCUGUUAUGUUUGGAGACUUUGGACAUGGUCUCCUAAUGUUUAUCUUUGCCCUCUUGAUGGUACUUUAUGAAAACCACCCUAGACUAAUGCGAUCACAAGAUGAGAUCAUGAAAACAUUCUUUGAAGGGAGAUACAUAAUUUUGUUGAUGGGUCUGUUUUCUGUAUACACUGGCCUGAUCUAUAAUGACUGUUUUUCAAAGUCAUUAAAUAUAUUUGGUUCUGGAUGGAAAAUUUCUGCAAUGUUUGAACAAAAUAUCUGGCGUCUUGAUGAUUUGAAGUCUAAUCGAUAUUUGACAUUGGAUCCAAAUGUUACUGGCGUGUUCAAUGGAAUUUAUCCCUUUGGCAUAGAUCCGAUCUGGAACCUGGCAAGCAACCGUCUCAGUUUUUUAAAUUCUUUCAAAAUGAAAAUGUCUGUGAUUUUUGGAGUGACUCACAUGACUUUUGGAGUUAUUCUGGGGGUCUUUAACCACUUGUAUUUCAGAAAGAAGCACAAUAUUUAUUUGGUUUUCCUUCCUGAACUUUUAUUCAUGCUGUGCAUCUUCGGGUAUCUUGUAUUUAUGAUAAUCUUUAAGUGGCUAGCUUAUUCUGCAGAAAACUCCAGAUCUGCUCCCAGCAUUCUGAUUCAAUUUAUUAACAUGUUUCUAUUUCCCACUAGUGGAAUGGACUCCUUUUAUACAGGACAGGUUAUUUUACAGAGAUUUUUAUUUAUUGUUGCUAUGCUUUCUGUUCCUGUAAUGCUUUUUGGAAAACCACUUUAUUUGUAUUGGUUGCACAAUGGAGGCCGAGGCAUUGGAAUGUACAGAAGUGGCUACAGACUUGUUCGAAAAGAAAGUGAAGAGGAACUUUCUCUAUUGAGAUCACAUGAUGUGGAGGAAGGAAGCAGGCCUUCAGACAGUGGGCACAGAGAAGGGGAUGGAGAAGAGUUUAACUUUGCAGAUGUUUUUAUGAAUCAGACUAUUCAUACCAUUGAAUACUGUCUAGGAUGCAUCUCCAACACUGCUUCAUACCUGAGACUCUGGGCACUAAGUCUUGCUCAUGCACAGUUAUCAGAAGUGCUGUGGGCAAUGAUAAUGAGAGUGGGCCUUCGUGUGGAUGCAGCAUAUGGAAUCUUGCUGUUAGUUCCAGUUUUAGCCUUCUUUGCUGUGUUAACAGUAUUCAUUCUUUUGAUCAUGGAAGGUCUUUCUGCUUUUCUACAUGCUGUACGACUUCAUUGGGUAGAAUUUCAGAACAAGUUCUACACCGGUGGAGGUUACAAGUUUACUCCUUUUUCCUUUAAGCACAUUUUUUUACAUUUUAAUAGAGAUGAUAUUGCAUAAUUUGAUUGGCAUAAGCAGAGGUGUUCGGAGUUGUCUGCAAAUCAUGUAAUUAGAUCUCACUGAUGUACAGUUUGUAGAAAAAUGUUUUUCACUGAUUGCCUUAUAAUGUAGCCAAAUAAUUCUGUAACAUACCUCCUUCAUGCAAAUACAUUGCAGAUUUGGAGCCUCUUGUAAAAUAUAUGUGUAAAAUAUACAUUUUUUUCAUGAUAAACUAAUGUUGUAAAUUAAUUUUAAAAUAAUUCUAAAAAUAAUCUUAUUGCUUGUUCUAAAAAUAAGAUAGGUAUUUUAUUUCCAGAAGAGACUGUUUAUGUUCUUUAAUGAUUACUUUUAAAUGAUCUUAAAGACCUUAAUUUCCUUUUCGUCAUAUAAAAUACACAGCAAGAUUACUCUGUAUUACUCAUGUGAUCACACCCUCAUUAACUUAAAUUACCAUCUAAUGGAAUCUGGAAGCAGUUAAGAUUAAAUAGUGUAUGUUUUCAGUAGUUAUUCCCAGGAGAAUACCAAAAAUAGUAUAAACUGGUAAAUACUAAUAUAAAAUAAUUUUUUGGGGCUAUUUUUAAAAGCACACCAAGAUUUUUUUUUUCUUUUUUUUUUUUUUUUUAAACCUUGUGUCUUGAAUUCUGCCCAGAAUUAUUACUUUAAUCUUUGCAAGUGCACAUCCAUUUGAUAAAAGAAAAAUUAAGGGCAGGUAGGGGAAACCCAACUAUGGUUCUCUUUAUCUCCCUUCAUUGAGGAGUUUAUAGUCUUAUGCCCCAGUUUUGCUAAAUGAUCUGUGUAGGUAGAUUCCUAUACCUCUGUGGAACUCCACUGGAUGCAGGGAUUGCCCAUCCAGACCAUUUUGCAGGAUCAGGGCCUUAAUGAUGUCUUUAACAGGUGACUCAAAUUGUAUAGCAGAAUAUGUUGUAUUAAAUGCUCAUUCUACAGACCUUUCACAUGCAAAGUUCCCAUUAAUAGGAAUUAUAUUUUUAUGACGAGUGCAGAAUCAGGCUUUAAAUUUAUUCUGUGUAUAUUUGGGUCUAAAGACAUUUAUGGAUAUAACUUGACUGGAGUGACUGGUUUAUCUGAUGAUAUUGAACCAAAGUUUAUACUGAGUUAAGAAAUUUUACUUAAAAGGGUGUAUCUGAGGGGAAGAGACUGUGCUUUUGUAUUUUUUUAUAUCAGAAUGAAAAUUGGGAUAUUUUACCUUAAUAGUUUGACAUUUAUGCCAUAAGAACAGCAUAAGUUAACUUUUACAUUUUUCUUUCAUACUGAUUCCAAAUAAACUCUAAUUGCCAUUUGCAGAAUUAAUAUUUUGCAGUGUUUGGUUGUAUUUAAUCGUUUAAAAUGAACUCCUGUAACUCUUAAAAUUAUACCACUAAAAUGUUGUCCUAUGUAAUAUUUCAAUUUCUUAUUUACAGUAUUUUAAGAGUUUCCCACUAUUGUAAAAAGUUGCGUUUGUUAUUGAAAAUCUUGGCUCUUUUCAUUUCUUACCUCUUAGACCAGAUCUUGUGCAACCCCAAGCAGGCCAUUUGGCCUCUUCUAAAAAUAAAGCUUCACUUGGUGAGA